AUGUACCGCUGUAUAGUUAUCACGGCGAUACAGAAGACCAGCAGGAUACUGAAAAGCGGCUGGAAAUUGAAUAGUUUGACGUUUGGCCCUGUGAGUGAGGUAGCUGAAAGCCGAUACUCUCAGUGCCUGGCUACAUGGCUGCAACGUCCUUCAUAUCUCGAGUGUACGUUCGGCGGCGGCGGCGGCGGCGGCGGUCUUCAUCUAGCA